AUUUUUUCACUUUUUGGAAGAGAAGGCGAGUUUUGAGCCUCAGAAGAAGACAAAACAGUGAACAACAGCAGAUACGUUGGUCGAGAUGGAGCAGUUGAACAGAGCAGAGGCCCAGGAGUUCCAGAAGACGAUAGAGCAGAAGCAACAGAGGGAUUUCAUGAAUCUAUAUGCCUCAGUUGUCCAACGAUGCUUUAUGGACUGUGUGAACGACUUCACUGCAAAGAAUCUUACGGAAAGAGAGCUUGGUUGUAUCGAAAGAUGUACUGAAAAGCUAAUGAAGCAUACUGAAAAAGUGGGUCAGAAAUUCCAAGAGGAUAACCAAAAGAUAAUGGAAAUGCAAAUGGAAGAAUAGACCACAUUGAACAUAUAAGGUACUUGAGACCCAUCGACAAAAACAACUGCUUUCUACUGGUUUAUUGUGUAUAUAAUGUUAACUGUUAUGAAUUUUGAUGAUGAGAGGAACUCUUUUUUUGUUUUGUAAAAUUAUUUAUGGCUGAUGUAACCAAAGAAAAUGAAUAGUAGAAAUUUCAACAUCAAGACAAUUGAUCAAAAACUACCAAAAACUACCAAAAACUUAUAAAUUUGUGAUUCUUUUGUUUUUGUUGUGCUGGAUAAAUGUAUAACUUAAAUCUGAAAACCAAACAUCACUGGGGAAAUUUGAACAUUAUACAGAACUAAAACUGAAACUGAAAAUAAAAUUAACAUUAAAAUUCUACCCAAUGUCAAAAUCAAAAUCAACUAAAAGUAAACCUUGGUAUAAAGAUCAAUAUUAAGUAAAUAAAUAAAUAAAUAGAUAAAUAAAUUAAUAAAUAAAUUAGUGAAUAAAAAC